GCAGGAUUCGUUCUCAACAAGAUGGCGGCUGUUCCAGAGAACAGAGUCCUUUCCUACAGUGUGUUUAAAUGGAGCUCUUACUCCUCUACGUACCUACCAGAGAACAUUCUGGCGGAUAAACCUAAUGACCAGUCUUCCCGGUGGUCUUCUGAAAGCAACUACCCUCCACAAUACUUGAUUUUAAAAAUGGAAAAGCCUGCCAUUGUUCAGAGUAUUACUUUUGGAAAGUAUGAGAAAACUCACGUAUGCAACCUGAAAAAGUUUAAGGUUUUUGGAGGGAUGAGUGAGGAAAAUAUGACGGAACUAUUAUCCAGUGGCCUUAAAAAUGAUUACAACAAAGAAACAUUCACUUUGAAACAUAAAAUUGAUGAACAGAUGUUCCCAUGUCGAUUCAUUAAGAUAGUUCCACUGAUGUCCUGGGGGCCCAGUUUCAACUUCAGUAUCUGGUAUGUUGAACUGCAUGGGAUUGAUGAACCUGAUGUGGUGCAGCCAUGCCUUAACUGGUACAGCAAGUACCGUGAACAGGAAGCCAUUCGGCUGUGUCUGAAGCACUUCCGCCAGCACAACUACACUGAGGCAUUUGAGUCUCUGCAGAAGAAGACAAAGAUCUCCCUCGAACACCCAAUGCUGACUGACCUUCACAAUAAACUGGUCCUGAAGGGAGAUUUUGAUGCUUGUGAGGGACUAAUAGACAAGGCUGUGAAUGAAGGUUUAUUUAACCAGUACAUCAGCCAGCAAGAAUAUAAACCUAGAUGGAGUCAGAUUAUCCCUAAAAGUACCAAAGGUGAGGGAGAUGAUAGCAGGCCAGGAAUGAGGGGAGGACAUCAGAUGGUGAUAGAUGUCCAGACAGAAACUGUGUAUUUGUUUGGUGGUUGGGAUGGUACGCAAGAUUUGGCCGAUUUCUGGGCAUACAGCGUUCAAGAUAAUCAUUGGCUCUGUAUAUCCAGGGAUACUGAAAAAGAGAAUGGUCCCAGUGCCAGAUCCUGCCAUAAAAUGUGCAUCGACUCCCAAAGAAGACAGAUCUACACACUAGGGCGCUAUUUGGAUUCCUCUGUGAGGAACAGCAAAUCUCUGAAAAGCGACUUCUAUCGUUAUGAUAUUGAUACCAACACAUGGACAUUACUUAGUGAAGAUACAUCAGCUGAUGUUGGACCCAAGCUUGUUUUUGAUCACCAGAUGUGCAUGGACUCUGAAAAACACAUGAUUUACACAUUUGGCGGAAGAAUAUUAACUUGCAGUGGCAAUGUGGAUGACACUCGGACUAAUGAGCCACAGUUCAGUGGACUAUAUGCCUAUCACUGUCAAUCCAAUACAUGGAAACUUCUCCGGGAAGAUUCCUGCAACGCUGGUCCUGAAGAUGUCCAGUCAAGGAUAGGACACUGUAUGCUCUUCCACACUGUAAAAAAUCUUAACCGCUGCCUGUAUGUCUUUGGGGGGCAGAGAUCCAAAACAUACUUGAAUGACUUCUUUAGUUACGAUGUAGACAGUGACCAUGUAGAAAUCAUAUCAGAUGGCACAAAGAAGGACUCUGGCAUGGUCCCAAUGACAGGUUUUACUCAGAGAGCCACCAUUGACCCAGAAUUGAACGAGAUCCAUGUACUCUCUGGGCUUAGCAAGGACAAGGAUAAACGAGAGGAGAAUGUGAGGAACUCAUUUUGGAUAUAUGACAUAGCCAGAAAUAGGUGGUCAUGUGUUUACAAGAAUGAUCAGGCAGUGAAAGAAAAUGCAAAUAAAAGUCUACUGGAGGAGGAGCCCUGCCCACGGUUUGCCCACCAGCUGGUUUAUGAUGAACUGCACAAGGUUCACUAUUUGUUUGGUGGAAAUCCUGGCAAAUCUUGCUCCCCUAAAAUGAGACUGGAUGAUUUUUGGUCACUGAAGCUCUGCCGCCCAUCCAAGGAGUACCUCCUCAGACACUGCAAAUACCUCAUUAGGAAAUACAGGUUUGAAGAAAAAGCUCAGACAGACCCUCUAAGUGCUUUGAAGUAUUUACAAAAUGACUUAUCUGUAACUGUUGAUCACUCAGACCCUGAAGAGACGAAAGAGUUUCAACUCCUGGCUUCCGCACUUUUCAGAUCCAGCUCAGACUUCAUACCACUGGGUUUUUCAAACGUGGAUCAGACCUAUGCUCAGCGGACUCAGCUGUUUGACACUCUGGUGAAUUUCUUCCCCGACAGCAUGACUCCUCCAAAAGGCAACCUGGUCGACCUCAUCACGCUGUAGCAGAGCAAGGAAAAAGCACCAUUUUAGUAUUUUAUUUAAUAGCAACUAGAAAUAUUUUUAUAAAGGUUCUAGUUCCAAAGUGCUGGUUAAGUGAUUAUUUACCCGUUUUUUGGGGGGCUGAGUUUGUAAUUAUAAAAUCCAGCUUGAGUGGUUUUGGUCAGAAAGUGCUACCUUUGGCUUUUUAAUCAAGUUCCCAUAGUUGGUAUAAUUUAAUUUCAAAGGUUUGUAUCUCAGCAGUGACAGAUAUAGAUAAUGUUUGAUUAAAUCAGCAAAAUCA